UACCGACUGACUUAGCGGACUCAUAUAUGGUGUCACUUGUUUGUCAGCGGCGUAAUGUUGGCUGCGUGCGCUCGAAGGCUCGUUCGACGUACCAUUAUUGGUGAGCUACUCUGCAAGUACUACCCUGGCUACAACAUGCAGUACUCGGCCCAUGUUGCCAUGCAUGGCCUUAUCCCAGCUGUUAGCUCCGCCCCGAGUCGUUCAAGAUAAAGACGUCAUGUCGCUUCUUAGAACCCAUACACUUGAAUACGCUCUACCUUCAAAUUAUAAUACGAGCUCUUACUUUCAUUAUGAGGUUUUCGCAGGUUCCUGUGGCUCUUGCCGUCUUCUUCGCUGGCGUGUCCGCACAGGAUGAAUCUUAUGACUAUAUUAUCGUUGGUGGCGGCACCGCUGGCACCGCGCUUGCCACCCGCCUCAGUCGCGGUCUUCCCAAGUCUAAGAUAUUGUUGAUCGAGGCGGGCCCAGCCGCUCUGGAUGACCUGAGGAUCAAUGUCCCUGGUCUCCGCGGGUCCAUUCUGGGAUCCAGCCUGGACUGGAAUUUCACGACGGUGCCACAACCAUCUCUCGGCGGUCGAUCUAUCGACGUCAACCGCGGUAGGGUGCUGGGGGGUUCGUCGGCUAUGAACUACCUCUGCUACGACCGUGCGUCAGCUCCCGAGUAUGAGUCUUGGGGCGAGCUCGGCAGUCGGGGCUGGGGUUGGAAGACGAUGAUCGAUGCGAUGACCAAGUCCGAGAACUUUACCGGGCACGACAACGACAAGCAUGGCUUCACCGGUCCGAUCCGGAACUACUACAACCGGGUCAUCUAUCCCGUCCUACAAUCCUGGCAGCCUGCCGUGAGCAAGCUGGGCGUCAAUGUCAAUGACGGCAACAGCAUGGGCGGCCACCCGAUUGGUGUGAUGUUUCAGCCCACCAACAUCGACGCAACAAAGCACACGCGCUCCUACUCGGCCAACAGUUAUCUGCCCUUGGCUGGCGGCAACCUUGUGGUCAAGACCAACACUCGAGUCGCCAAGGUCAAUAUCAUCAAGUACCGUGACAAGGGAGGCUCAUUGUUCCGGGCGACGGGCGUGACCCUUACCGGUGGCCAGAUCAUCACGGCCAAGAAGGAAGUCAUACUCUCGGCCGGCUCAGUCCAAAGCCCCGGUCUCCUCGAGGUUUCGGGCAUUGGUCAGGCCGCGGUGCUCAAGGCCGCCGGUAUCACGCCACUCAUUGACCUUGCGGGCGUCGGCGAGAACUACCAAGACCACAUCCGCAUGUCGAACACCUACCAGCUCAGACCCGGCAUCGACUCGUUUGACAACCUCAUCUUCGACAGCGCCGGGGCCAACGCCACUGGCGAGAUGCAGAAGUGGCUGAGCGGCGAGCGGUCGCUGUACGAGUACACGACGGCCGCCUACGGCUUCAUGAAUUGGCAGCAGCUCGGUGUAGAUGCCCAAAUGAAGAGCCUCGCCCGCAACACAUUCGGAUCCAGCGCCAACGUGAUCGACGCCAAGAAGCUCCAAUUCCUCGACAACCCCAGGGUGCCGUCGGUCGAGUACAUUUUUGAGGCCAACUAUGUCGGUGCCUCUGGCUACACGGGCGGCAAGUUCAUCACCCUCAUCUCGACUGUCAUGCACCCCUUCUCGCGCGGCAGCGUGCACAUUGACCCAAAGGACCCAUUCGGCAAGCCCGUCAUCGACCCCAAGUUCCUGAGCAACCCGUACGACCAGAGGGCGCUCAUCGAGGCAGCCAAGUUUGCGCGCCGGAUCGCCAAUAUGGAGCCGAUCAAGUCAGCCUGGGAGACCGAAACGGAGCCCGGCGAGGCCGACGUCCAGAGCGACAAGCAGUGGCUCGCCUACGCCAAGAAGGUUGCCGCAAGCUUCUAUCACCCUGUGGGGACAUGCUCCAUGCUGCCCAGGAAAGACGGCGGCGUUGUCGACGCCGACCUCCACGUCUAUGGAACGACAAACCUGCGCGUCGUCGAUAACAGCAUCAUCCCCGUCAUCCCUUCGGCCCACAUCCAGACGGCGGCGUACGGCAUUGCCGAGGUCGCUGCGGCCAGCAUUAUUUCUGAGGCAUGAACGAUGUAAUAGGGGCCAAACAGCGGGAUGCGGACAGGGUAGCUUCCAACCUUUUUGUCGACUUCAUGAGGUUACACAACCUAAGCUCCUGUUAUGUAGAAUGAUGUGCUAUAACACCCCUCGUACGAAAGUUCCCCUGGUGGAAAUCACUCUUUAUGCACCGACCGGAACCCGAUGCAAAAGGCUUGUCGCGAGUCAAACGCCACGCAUGGUCAGUACCGAAAAGAGCGACGAGAUCGACGGAGGUUCCCGUUCAGCCCUAUGGCAUCUGAAAAUGGUUUUAAAAGUGGAGCGAUUGUUUCUGGCUGUUGUGAAGAAAUGUCCUUGCAAGUCUCCUGUGCCUGAUUGGCUGGUCGCAGCGCGCGC